UUUGAUUUGAAAUCGUUCCUUCAAAUGAUUCAACUUUCAAUUGUUUUUCGACAAAAAUGUGCCAGUUGUUGGUGAAAAUUGUUGAUUUUUUGCGUUGAAUUGAAUAAAUGACGAUGAUGGAGGAGCAGCCUCCACUGAUGCUCUGUUUAGAGAAUGUGGCCGGUGAGGAGGUGUCGCUCAACAUUGAACCUAACGAUGACUUCCACUCCUUCCUGAUAAAGGCCAAUGCAUUACUUGGUUAUGAAGUAGACCUAAAUUCAUUAACCAGAAACAAGCCAGUGGCCUUAACCGACAACAUUUACCAAUUCCUGCUAAAUUCUGAAAAUGGCCUCCUAGAGUACCCUAUGGGACCAACAUUUGAUCAAAUGUUAGAACCAAGUGAUGCCAAUGAUGGCUUAGAAUAUGUCCUAGGCGAUGGAACACAAAUCAAAGCUUCACAGAUCCAUUUUGACAAUGAGGAUCCACCUUUUGAUUUUGUAGCAGAAAAAAUACCAUUUGUUAAAUAUGUUGAUGAUUAUGUAGAUGAUGCUGAACCAUCAAACGAAAUUAGCACGAAAAUGAUCAAUAUAGUCGCUAGCCCUGUGUCUAAAUGGCCAAGUGCUUCAAGCCCAAAGAAACCUUUCAUAAACAGCAUACCUUUUAAAAUGGUUAACAAUAAUGCCUCGGGAUUUGCAGCUCAAUUCCAUAAAUUCGUGGAAUCUAGUAUUGACAAAACUUUUACGCCGCUUAAUCCAGUUACAACUAGAAAUAAGUCUCCGAGAAGUCUUAUUAGUGACAACUAUAAUAAAUAUGAGGACAACAUUUAUAAUAAAAAUGAUUUCAUAACACGAGAUGAAGUUUUAAAUAUGUUCAAAGAUACUCCGGUAGUACCUUAUGAGAGCCAAAGCUUCAGUGAUAAGAGGAGACGCAAAACUGACCCUUCCCGCCCUAUUAAUAAGACUGCGAAUGCUAAAACAAUGCCGUAUAUAGAUGUUGAUGGUACUUUAAUAGGUCAAAAUGAGAGCCAAAACUGUUUCAUCUGUGAGAAAUUUGUCAAUAACAAUAUGGAUAAGCUUUAUUUAUUUGACAAUGAAGAUCAGAAACUACACAGAUCAUCUCCGCAAAAGAAAUUAUCCACCCAAUUGAAAAUUAUCUGUGAACAAUGCUUAGACAAUAAUUUUAAACCAUCUAGAUUAAAAAGUCCCAGCAAAAAUUUAAAUCCAGACGAAUAUUUGGUAAUUAGGAACAACCAGCAAUAUAUAUUUCAGAAAACAAAUUCCAUAGACUUUAAAAAUAUAAAAAGCAGUUUCGUGAACAUUGGUGAAGCAACAGCUAUAAUAGACAAGAUAGAAACAGAAAUCUUAAAAGGUAAUCAAGUGAAACAAACUGAUUUUGUCAAAGUUGAAAUCGAUUCGAAUGGAGAAAUCAUAUCUAAUGAUGCGAAAGAAUCAAAUUCAGAAUCAUAUCUUUUUAAAGAUGGCAACUCUAGUGAUGUUGAAAUAAUUGAGGGACCGGAAAUAGACGAUGUCAUAGACAAUUUAGAGGAAGCGGAUGAGGAAGUAAAGGAGUUUUUAGGGAUGUAUCAGAGUGACAAUAAUGAUACUAGUGAACUAAAAUGCAGGUUUUGCGAGCGCGUCUUUGCAGAGUUCGCUGAGUUGAUGGAGCAUGGUGACGUUCACAAACACGUGACGGAAGAUGGCGAGGUGUACCCGUGCCCUUUGUGUUUCUACGGAUACGCCAAUUUUAAAUGGCUCAAAGGCCAUCUUAAAGCAGCCCACGAUAAACCUAAGAAGUCUCCAGCAGAAAGCAAUAACGACGAUGCAAAGGCUGAAUCGCAGACACCGUCUGAGCAGUCGCCAGUGGCUAAAAGAACUAGAAGUAACGAUAAAAAAAAUAACGAGGGUGACAAAGAUGAUGCAGUAAAGUCAGAGGAAGAACCUACAAAAUCAGUGGAACCUGAAAAUGAUAAGCAGGAAUGCAAAAUGGAAAUCAAGUUAGAAAUAAAGCAGGAAGCAUUAGAUACCAGCGACGAAGAAGCGAUAUGGAUCGUGCAUACUGACGACACGCCGGCCGAACAGCUACACUCCCUUCUGCGUGGAAGUGUAACUGGUUGUCUCCUAUUCCUUGCUUAUAUAAACGACUUGCCCAAAAUACUAAACAUAAACACUAAAUGCGUGAUGUUUGCUGACGACGUCUCCAUACUCAUAAGUAGUGAUAGUAGCACGGAAUUACCUACCUACGAAACUAUAAUUUAUAAUAUUUUAAACAAACUUUACUCUCGCAGUCAAAUUAUGGUGGAUAUUGCUACACAUAAAUGCAAAAAGCGAGCCCGGAAACGGAGGUGCUCGGGCAAGGACGAAAGUGUCACUUUGGCCUCUCAGAAGGACAGUGUAAAGAGGCCACAAGGCAGACCGAGACAAGGCACGGACUCUGUUGACAACGAUUUACUUGUACCCAGGCCUCGUAAGAAGAAAGCCACAGAGCCGACUUCGGAUCCUCAGAUCAUGACGUGUCAUAAUUGCAAUGAGUCCUACACAUCCAAAGUACGAUUGAAGUUCCACAUGCAAUUCCACGACAACACAGAGAUGCUGAACGCCAACGGGCAGUACACGUGCCUCGAGUGCCCCGGGGUCACUUUCACAACAGAGACAGAGCUAUUCGACCACGUGCACUUCCAACAUGACAAGCAGAACCGCUAUCAAUGUUCUGUCAAGGAUUGUGGGAAGACGUUCUUUCUCAGGGCGUCUCUGACGAAACAUAGCCGCACGCACACAGACACACGGCGCUACGUUUGCGGUACCUGUGGCAAGAGGUUCCUGGACAAACAGACUUUGGAUGAACAUGGAGUCACACACUUACAGAUCAAACCAUACCAAUGCCACAUCUGCAUGAAGCAGCUGACUCGCCGCUCUCGCUUGCGCAUGCACAUGCGCGCGCACGAGGAGUCGCUCUGUCCCGCUCUAGUGCCCGUCUGCGCCGCCUGCCGCCGCGCCUUCCAGAACGUUCCCGCCGCUGUGGUGAGACAGCUAUAUACCUACUGCUCGCUCUGUGCCGCUCUAGUGCCCGUCUGCGCCGCUGGGGAGCAUGUGAAGAAGUCACCGGAGUGUCUGGGGGCAUUCUCGUGCGAUAUGAACGAAGAUGAAAAGCCGGCCGCCGUGCUGUCACCCACUAGUGGGCUAGUCCGACCCACACUGGAAGUAGAACCACCGGGCCACAGCGGCAUAGAACGCGAAGCCCAGUGCGCCGGCGCCGCCGCGCUGCUGGCGCCGCUCCCCGCGGCCCUGCGCGCCGUCGUGCGAGCCGUCAAAGUGGACAAGGCCUUCCGCUGCGAGUUCUGCGAGGACGUGUUUUACCUGGAGGAGGAUUUGAACAAACACCGAGCCAUCCAUAAAGGGGUCAAGAACCCUUUCACUUGCCACAUCUGCAAAGUCAGCUUCGCUACUUAUUCUAGAUGUACAACACACAAAACUACCCACGGCUUCUACAAGCGCCCCCUAGCGGACGUGAAGAGCGAGGGGCCGAGCCGAGCGGACUCCGGCCCGUCGGCGCGCGGCGUGCUAGGCUACGGGGGGUUCCCUGUCGUCAAACAUUUCCUGUGUGAGGACUGCGGGCGGUCAUAUCUGCACUGGACGUACUUGCAAGUGCAUAGAAGAAUGAAACACGCUAAUGAGAAUUUCAUCUACAAGUGCAUACACUGCGAGGAGACCUUCCCUAAUAGUUGGAGCGUGGCGUACCACAGAAAGAAGGUCCACGGCAAACCGGCAGACAAGGGGAACGGAGCCACUAAAACAGUCCACACCGACUAUAGAAUCCCAUGCCGCGACUGCGACGAAGUUUUGCCAAACAAAACUGCACUCUAUAAGCAUAGGAAGAAGGAGCACAGUUACGUGUCAUUGCCGAUCAAUGAUAAUCAAGGGUUGGGUGGUCAGCCGCAUACGGAGGCGCGUGCGGCGUGCACGCACUGCGGGCUCAGCUUCCCCGCCAACCUGCUGUCACACCAUCUCAAGGAGGUCCAUGGGCAAGAUGCGCAGUAUCCGGCCACCCGGUCACACACCUGCACCGUCUGUGGUCACGCCUUCCGCACUGCGUCCAUGCUUAAUGAACACUCCAGGAUUCACACCGGUGAGCGGCCGUUUCCGUGCGACGUGUGUGGGGUGGCUUUUAGAAGAGCGACAGCGAUGCGCAACCACCGUUUGAUCCACACGGGCGUCCGAGCGUGGGGCUGCGCGCGCUGCCCGAAGCGUUUCCGGAUCCGCUCCGACCUCAACACACACUCGAGACUCAAGCAUCCGUUGCAUUUUGCUGUUAUCGAGGUGUCGGGCCUGGAUCCGAGCUCGGAGCAGGUGACGCAGGCGCUCGCCGUGAACAAUAUCGCCCGAGAGAGCGUCCUUGAGAUCACUAAGGUUUCCUUCCCCAAGGGCGCGCGGCACGUGGUGCCGGACAGCGCGCGCGCGCUGCUGCUGCUGGACGCCGCGCGCCGCCCCGCGGCCUGGACGCCCGCACCCCCCCACCACCACCACCACAACUACGCCACCGACUAA